UACGCCAUUGUUCUUACCGGCUAUAAGCGCUCUUAUCUGCCCACAAUCAAACAUUUAAAAGCUGCUUUUAUUAUCGGUGGAAGCAUGCAUUUAGCAGUUUGAAAAAUUUAACAGUUUAAAAAACGCCGAGGACUGCGAUUGGCUCCUGCUUAAUAAAAUAAUUUAGUAACCUGUGUCAGUGGUCCAAUAUAGAGUUAUUUCAGCUUUGAAGGAGACCGGCUUGCCGCUUUUUAAAAUAGUUCUUCUCUGACAUCUCUAAUAUAUUUUUAACACUACGCUUCAACUUCUGACAUUGGACUAAUCAGCCAUAUUCAAAAGAAGAUGUUUCAGAAGUGUUUGGUGUUUCUUACAAUUUAUCUCGUCGCUGAAAUGUCUUUGUCACUCUUGUUGCCAAGUGAACGAGAGGACGUGAUGGGAAAGUACUGGUUCAUGAACAGAUAUCAGUGUGAACGACUUUGUUGGUACCGCAAACUGUGUAAGACCUACUCUUACAUCUACAACAGGACCCUGGCCACUGAUGGUAACUGUGUUCUACACGCUGACAACAUCUCUACAAACACAACAAGCGGGGUGUCCACAGCCUGGAUUGAAAGGGAAGCUUUCUGGAACACUGAACUCCAAGACAACGGGUGUCGUAGCCGACCCUGUAAUGAAACUCAGGUGUGUGUGCCCACCUUUGACCCUCCCUUCUACACAUGCCUGCCGUUUCCUGAAGAAUGCAAAGCGCCCUCACGUGAUGACGGUGUCUACAGUAAUAUGACACUACUCCAGGGUCAAAGGACAGAGUUCACGUGCAACUCGUCUCGGCUCUGGGUUCCACGUCACGCCGACAAGACGGUCACGUGUCAAGUAAACGGAAAGUACAGCAGUCUGAAAGGAACGUGUAAAAUUGCCAUCUACCAUUCACCGAUCGUUCCCUUCAAUGCUCCGUUGCCCGAAGUCGUCAGAGAAGGAUGGGAGGCCUGUAUUAAAGGUAUUUUCCUCCCCAUCGAAACUGAAAGGAUGACUUUCAACUUUCACGAUGUUCCGACCGCCUCGUGUGAUUACAAUCGUACUAAUGGUGGGAACAUAUACCUUACACUUGAUUUCCGUUACUCUUUGGUGGAAUCUUUCAUGAAAUGUGGUGGUACCGUGCUGUGAAUAACUGUCAUUGGUCUGGUCCUUCAGGUGCACUAGGACAUCUUCCACUAAAUGCCAGCGACUACUUUGAAAUUACUCUCAGCAUCUUGUUCAACAACACAUUACAGAUUAACUUCAAAAAUAUGACGACCAUGCAGCUCAACCUUGGGUCAAACAACAUAAACAUGACAGGCGCCACCUACCUGGAGAUCAUACGACAUGUCCAACUUACUUACGUGGACCUUGGCAAAGGCUGCGUGUGAUUCACUAAUAACAUCUGAGUCAAGACUUCAAAGAACAGGAAUCUGUAUAAGACUUUAGCGACAGUUCCUGAUUCACUGUUUCUGUUUUAUAUACUACAUGUAUCAGAAAAUAUCUGCCUGUAAGCAAACGACAAAACAAAGACAGCCCGACAUCUGAGUUUUUAAACAUAGAAUCUAGCGACAAUCAUAUUUUGUAGAACAAACUCUGUUUAUCACUGUGUAACGGAUCACCAGUCGUUACUUAUCGCCGGUACGAAAUCGACAAACCCUCAAAUGAUUUUAGCUUUCAAAACGUCAUUAACAUUCAAGCCCUUUACUACAUCAAAAACAGGCGCAUAUGCAAAAUCAAUAAAAUUAUUUAAGUAUUUAAAACAACAUAAUGUAAUUUAAAGGAAAGAUGCAAUAAAACAGUAUAUAUAUAUAUACAGAAAUAGUUUACAUGUAGGUCCCAGAUUGUAAUUGCUUAACUUACCUUACUCCCAUGUCGCCCGAUAGGGCUUUGUCUGUGUAGCAAACGUUUAUAGAUAGUAUUUGUUGUUGUUGUUUAUUGCAGUAUUUCAUUAAAUAUAUACAGAACUUUUAUUAAAGUUUGAUAGACAGUUUAGCCGUGGACGUACCUUGGAUUUCACUGUUUGUAUAGUGAAAAGGGGAUUUGUCAACGUACUUACAUUUAUUUUCCUUUGACAUCAUUACAUAUUUCUCAGUCAUUGCUAUUAAAAUAAAAUAGGAACAGCAGCAUCACACAAAUGCACUCACACACAAACAAACACAGGAACCACAGGUGCACAAACACACUUGCGGGUACAUUACUGGUAAGAAAUAACUCUAAAUGUUUUGUAUCAACAGCUGUUAGAAAUUGUUACAACAUGUUGUACUUUCUUUCUGUGUGUUACUUUUGUAAUACGAUUUCACUUCAAACUCGUUUCUGGAGUUGUGUUUAGCCACUGUUUCUCAUAGCAUUUUUUCUCUCUGUCUUUUAUUGGAAUUAAUGUUGUAUAUACUGCAUUAUACUAAUUUUUAAUAUUGAGAAGAUCAUAUUUAUAUAAGUAAAGAAAUUAAAUAUCCUUUUGGACCGAAGUGAUUGUAUAUAAGAAGUUUGCAAUCUAAUUUGUUCUCAGAAUUCUAAGCAGAUAUCUCACUUUCUGUCCCAAGAUGUCAGGUUAAGGCAUCAUCAGAGUGCAACAUUUUAUAAGUGUAUUGUUUAAACUUUAAGUAUUUUUGUGCUUGAAAACACCUCCUUCUUCAACUGGAUUCGUCCCUUCGAGCGGAAGAACAAUUUUAUAUCGAUUUUCUGUUUAUUUUUUGUUACUUUCACGAAAUUCUUGUUGCAUGCUGAGCUUUAUAGAGGUUUUAUAUUUGUUUUAGAAUAACUACUUUAUCUAGACUUUUGCAUUUGCCUUUUGAAAUAAAUAC